AGUAUUACGAGUUUUUUGAAUUUAGCAAAAUGUCUUACAGAGAUAUCAGGAACUUUAUCGAGGUGAUGCGCGUGCUGGGAUACCCGCAGGCGAUUUCCAUGGAGAGCUUCCGGAGUGCGAACUGGGCGCUGCUCGAGCCGUGCGUGCGCUGGCUGGCCGCGAGGCUCGACCCCGACGUCACGCUCGCCGGCAGCGGAGACACGCUGGAGGGACGCGUCGCCUUCGUUUCACACGCGCUUGAACUGUUUAACUCCCUUGGCAAUGUGAAGCUGAGCGGCAAGCGCGUGUACGGUGCGGACGGGUGGGCGGUGCGCGAGCUGCUGAAGGCUGGCCGGCUGCUGCGCGACGCGCUGCGGGCGCCCCCGCCCGAUGACUUGCGCCCGCACAACGCCAUACUCUCCUAUGACGUCACCGCUAAGAUAAGCGAGAUAAAGCGGGCGCGGUCGUUGGCGACGGAGAUCACCGCGCAGGGCGCCUUCCUCUACGACCUGCUGGCUAAGGAGGCCAACAACAAAGAGCAGCGCGACGCGGCGCUGUCGCGUCCGUUGGACAUGUCAUCGCUGGAGGCGGGUCUGGCGCGAGGGGUGGGCGUGGUGCGCGAGCGCGUAUCAGCGGCGCGUGCGCAGGCGGCCAGCGCGGCGGCCAGUGCAGCAGCGCUCGACGCCAAGCUUGCUCGCCGCCACGCCGACCUGCAACGCGCCGAGAAACGACUGCACACCGUGCAAAAGAUCAAGCCGGCGUACCAGUCGGAGUUGUCCGCGCUGGAGACGGAGAUCGCGGAGCUGUGGGAUCAGUACGUGGUGCGAUAUCGCUGCGUGGAGGCGCUCAAGCAUCAACUUAGCCUGCUGGAACGCGCGCAGGCAGAGGCGGCGGAGGAGCAGCAGGCUGCCAUCCUGCAGCUCAUACACAAGUACGAGGCCGAGGACGUGCUCGGCAAGUUACACGACACUGACGAGGAGGAGUCGAGCUCGGAGAGUAAGGACAGUUCGAUACACCAGCCGCGUCCCGCCGCGCGGCCCCGCACUCGCCUGCGCAUCAAUACCGCCGGCACUAGGCUGGGGUCAGCGCGGCGGGCGUUCGGGGCUAUGGGCGCUAUGGGCGCUAUGGGCGCGCGCGACUCGCUGGACGACGUGCGCGACGAGGACGACUCGCGCUCCGCCUCGCCCUCGCACUCCGACUCCGACAUGCAGCUCUUUGGGUCAGGGGGCGCGGCGGGGGAGGGACGCGAGACGCGCGAGGGCGUGUCCCGCUGGAGGCCCCGCCCCGCCACGCGCACUCUGGCCGCCGCCGACGACUUCGCCGACCUCAUCGACGACGAGGAGGUGUCGGGGGCGGAAGCGGGGGCGGGGGCGGGGGCUGUAGACGUGGCAGGUGGUGCUGGUGGCCGCUCCAGCUCCUCCGACAGCGAGCUGCGCCGCGCAGACCAGCUCAGCGACGACGAGUUCUAG